CGAACAUUCUUCUAUACUUCUCAAAACCAUUUGCGCAGUCUCCAAACAACACCGCUGAAUACCAAACACAUACGCCAACUAUAAAAUAGAACUCAACUUUGUGUUGUUGCCAGCAUCGUUCAAAGAUGGCAAAGGCACGCAUAGUUGGAGUAGCUAUGGACUUCUCUCCCACAAGCAAAUUAGCCCUUCGAUGGGCCAUUGAUAAUCUCAUCAACAAAGGUGAUCAAAUUAUCUUGAUCAACGUUCAGCCUCCCCAAGCUGAUCACACCCGAAAGGAGCUUUUUGGGGACACUGGUUCACCUUUGGUGCCUUUGGAGGAAUUGAGGGAGAUGAACUUUACUAAGCAAUAUGGGAUUGCUAGGGAUCCUGAAGUCAUAGAUAUCCUUGACACUGCUUCCAAGAUAAAAGGGGCAAAGGCAGUGGCAAAAGUGUAUUGGGGAGAUCCAAGGGAGAAGCUGUGUAAUGCUGUGGCAGAUCUUCACCUGGACUCUUUGGUUGUUGGAAGCCGGGGUUUGGGUCCAAUUAAAAGGGUGUUGUUGGGAAGUGUAAGCAAGCAUGUGGUGACAAAUGCUUCUUGCCCCGUUACAGUGGUUAAGGGAAAGCAAUCUUCCAAUUCAAGGAAUUGAACCCGAUUGUGAAUGUAUAAUUAUUAAUUAGCUUUGCGUCUAUAUGAAGAAAAUGAAGAUGUUUGUUUGAAAGGUGCAUACGGGGAAAGGAACAUAGCUUUGCUUAAAUGACAGUACAUGAUUACUAUUAAAUAAUUUUAAUUGCUUAUGAUACUGUAUUUAAGUGAUAGUAGUAGUAGUGAUUAUUUACUUUAUCACUUCGAUUAUUACAACUCUCAUAAUGAUAGAUACGAAUAUGUCAUAUAUUUACUAAACAAACUGUGUGAUUGGUUUGGGUUUGGAU